AUGUCCUCUGAACCACCUCUCAAUCAAGAAAUGGUUGUUAACCACCACACUACGAACACUCAUGAAAGUAUUAUGCAAGAAGGAGGAUUUACAAUCGUUCAUUCUAAUUCUUCUUCGGGACGAAGGUUGCAGGCACAUCACAACAACAACAACAACAAAUAUUCAUCAAUAACAACGAAUUAUGCAUUUUCAUCUUCUUGGAAAAGAAAGAAAAAAUUAAAUCCAAAUAAUAAUACUUCUCAAUUUUCAUCAGCAAUGAACCAUCAAGAUUUCGUCGAAUUUAAUCCAACAAAAUUUGAAAAGGCUUUGGAACGAGUUCGAGAAUCGCUUUCGGAAACUAUUUGUUCCAUGAUUGAGAAAUAUUUUCAUCCUCACCAGUCAUCACAAAUUUUGCAAGUCAUUUGUUAUGGAAUUGGAGACUUUAUUUCAGAUAAAAUUGCGUUAUCACAAUUCAAAGUAUUAUUGCAGAUUCUUGACCAUUUCAAAAACAAGUACAAUUCUCAAAACGUGAAUCAACACGAUUCAUUAUCUAAUGAAAAUCAUGCUAGGAGUACAUCAUCUAUUACAUUGAAAUGCUACAUAUACGAUCCAGUUUUUGAAAUUAAAAUGUCUACGGGUGACAGAGAACAUUUAUAUCGAUAUAUUAAGGAAAAGUUUGGGAUGGAAUGGAUUGAGAAGAAUGAAGAGUGCAAAAGAAGGAUUGACAUUACAACAUUUGUCUAUAUGCCUCAUUGUGCAUUUUCAAUGUAUUAUAACUUGCUGAUGGAAAAUUGUGACCGACUCAAUCAUUUAAUAUUACUCUCAAAUCAAUUGGCAAUACGAAAGGAAAUUUUAAAAACAAUUUUUUCCAUGGAUGAAAAGAAAGAACUAUCUUUGCGCGAGGACAAUAUAGAUUCAAAUUCAAAAAUUCAAAAAAAGAAAAAGAAAUUGGAUGACACAGAAAAGUAUUUUCUUAACUUUGUUUUUAAUAAUACCAAUAUUUACUUUUUCAACGAGCAAGAAAGGCCACUGACUGAUAUUGAAAUUUUUGAGAUGAGCCGCAGUGAAAUAGAUCGUGCUCUCAACAGAGAGUCAGAUGUUGAACUUAUUCACAAAUCUAAAUACUAA